AUGAAGUUCACCCUAGGCCUGGGGUCGCGGGCGUGGAGAGGGUCCUGGGAGCGCCCGGCGGCGGGGGAGGGCGGCUGCGCGCUCGGCGGCGGCGCACCGCGAGUUUCCAGCCCGCCGCCCGGCCGCCGCGGCUCUCGGCUCGCGCGCGCCCUCCCUCUAUGCCUCUCCCGCGGCGGCGGCGCCCGAGCUCUCCCGGACUGCGCCGGGCCCAGCCCCGGCCGCCUCGGCGCCAGGCAGCUGGCUGGCCCGCACGCUAUGGAGCAGACGUACGGCGAGGUGAACCAGCUGGGCGGCGUGUUCGUCAACGGCCGCCCCCUGCCCAACGCCAUCCGCUUGCGCAUAGUGGAGCUGGCGCAGCUGGGCAUCCGACCCUGUGACAUCAGCCGGCAGCUUCGCGUAUCCCACGGCUGCGUGAGCAAGAUCCUGGCGCGCUACAACGAGACGGGCUCCAUCCUGCCCGGAGCCAUCGGAGGCAGCAAACCCCGCGUCACGACCCCCAACGUGGUCAAGCACAUCCGGGACUACAAGCAGGGCGACCCUGGCAUUUUUGCCUGGGAGAUCCGCGACCGGCUGCUGGCCGACGGCGUCUGCGACAAGUACAACGUGCCCUCCGUGAGCUCCAUCAGCCGAAUCCUGCGCAAUAAGAUUGGCAGCCUGGCGCAGCCCGGGCCCUACGAGGCGAGCAAGCAGCCGCCACCGCAGCCCGCGCUGCCCUACAACCACAUCUACCAGUACCCCUAUCCCAGCCCUGUGUCGCCCACGGGCACCAAGAUGGGCAGCCACCACGGGGUCCCGGGCACAGCAGGCCACGUCAGCAUACCCCGUUCGUGGCCCUCGGCGCAUUCGGUCAGCAACAUCCUGGGCAUUCGGACGUUUAUGGAGCAAACAGGGGCCCUGGCUGGGAGCGAAGGGGCCUCCUACUCCCCCAAGAUGGAAGACUGGGCUGCCGUGAACCGCUCGGCCUUCCCGGCCGCGCCCGCCGUGAACGGGCUCGAGAAGCCGGCCCUGGAGGCCGAUAUUAAAUACACUCAGGCCGCCUCGGGCCUCUCUGCGGUGGGCGGCUUCCUGCCGGCCUGCGCCUACCCGGCCUCCAACCAGCACGGCGUCUACAGCGCCCCGGCCGCCGGCUACCUCGCCCCGGGCCCGCCGUGGCCGCCCGCGCAGCCGCCCCCGCUCGCGCCCCCUGGGGCCGGCGUCGCCGUGCACGGCGGGGAGCUGGCCGCAGCCAUGACCUUCAAGCAUCCCAGCCGGGAAGCGGCCGAUCGGAAGCCGUCCAGCCCCGGCGGCAAGGCCCCGGAUGGCCUCAGCAGCUUACACGGACUGCCCAUCCCGGCCUCCACCUCCUAGGGGCAGCGCUUCCCCGAGCGCGAGCGCGAGCGCCAGCCCGGGCCCGGAGCGAGCGGCGGACCGGCCGACGGGGCCGAGGGAGCCGAGGGAGCGGCGCGCGGGACCCAGGACAGCCGAGGAGGUGCCCGGAGCCAGCCCGCUCGGCCAGCGCGUCGGCCCCCAGGCCACCCGCCCACCGGCCCGGCGGCCACACUUCCCUUACGGGCCAGGGUUUUUAGGCUUUCCUGACCUUUGGCUUUAGACCGUUUCACCCUCGUCCCGAUCCUUGCUCCGACGUGGCCUCCCUCGCCCCGCCAGCCGCAAGUGUUUUUCCUACCUCUCCCAGGGUUGUUCGGCACCUUCCCUUCUUCUCCCCUUGCUCUCUCUCCCCAGCGUCCUUCCUGUCUUCACGUCCUCCUUCCUUCCUAACCUGCUUUCCUUUCCUUCUUCAUGUUCCCCUGCCUUCCUUUUGUCCUCUGAAUUUUUCUCCCGUCUUCGUUGCUUCCCUUUCUCCUCUCCCUUCUGCGCCACCGUGCUCCUUUUCCUGUGGUCCUAACCUCCCUUCUCUCUUGAGUGUCUUUUACAGCCAGGAAAUCGGUUUCUCUUCAUUCCUACUGCUUCCCUGACCUACAGUAGGUCUUCCAGGAGAGCUCCAGACUGGGUUCCUCCACCCUUAGUCCAUGGCAGCUGAGACUCUGGUGUCGGCCUCUCGAAGCCCCCGAGCCCUAAGGGAGGGAUCUGGGACCUAGGGCAUGGACAAAGAGACCACAGCCUUUAUUUUAUAUUUUCAUGUUAAUGAACCCAAGCAAAGCUGGAUGAACUGUCCUCCCCCCCCCCCCAUCACAUUGUCUGAUAAUCUGUAUGUUCUCAGCACCUAGUGGCUGAGGUUCUCUUUGCUUCCUUUGAGAUGAUGUCACCCCAAAGAAGAUUAGGGUAGGAGUAGAGGGCAUUGGGGUCAUUGGUAUUUCUCUACUUAGAAAACUGCAUGUCCUGGAGGUGCCCCUUCUCACCCCUCCACACUUAACAGGAGGGAACCUGACACAAUGGAAAUGCAUCAGCACUGUUUUCAGUUUUCAGGGGUCAGCACAUUUGUUCAGUUAAACCACACAUUGCUUCUGGGUACAAAGGUGCAAUCUGGCUUCUGGUUUGCAAGGGGAUGAGGGUCAAAAAAACCCAGAGAGUGUCUUCUAGAGCUGGACACAAGAGCUGUUCACUGCUUCCAGGUUCAGGUGCACUAGUGGCAGGGACCCUGGACAUAAAACUUGUGAUUUUUGUAGUCAUAAAAAUAUCACCGGUGAGAGUGUCUCACCUGUUAAAUGUGGCUACCUUUGAAUAAAGGAAAGCAUCUGGAGAA